UUCCGCCGCCAUUUUAUGUCAGAAAGAGAUAAAAAAUCUAACCGUUGUUUUGUUGUUGAUAUAAUUAUUUUAUAUAUAUAAAUAUAUAUUUAUUUAUUAAUUAAAUUAAUUAAUAAUAAUAAAUGUAUAGGUAAUUUAUUAAAAUGUCUGUUUAUGUGACAGUUAAUCCAGUAUGUGUACGUCGAGAAAAAAGUUUGCUGUCAGAUCGUGAGCAAAUAAAAAAAUUCGAACGUGAACGUCGUCGGAGGUUACGUAUUGAGCAGGUGAGGCAGCAGUCAAAAGACAUAUCAAGUAAUUUAUUAGAGCGUACGAAAGAUAUCGCGCGCAAAGAAUUGGAUCAGUUGGAAAAAAAUAAAGAUUCUGAGCUCCGGCGUAUGCACAAUAAAAAAAUAAAUGAAAUACACCAGCGGUAUCAAGAUGAAAUGGAUAAUAUUGGAUUAGCACAUGAUUCUGCGACGAUCCAGCCCCAGUCUCAAGUCAUUUUGGAGGCUGAAAAAUAUAGAAAUAAUGUUGCGGCUGUCGAACGUGCCAAGGAAGCUAGUCAACUGAUAAAUCAUAAAAGAAAUGAACCUUCCGCUGCUUCCAAACAGCAUCAACGAUUACGGAAGGUCCGUGAGGUUGAAAAUGUAAGAUCAGCUAUUAUUUCAAGUCUGCCGGCUAAAGCAACUCGUGAUCCGCCAGUAACUUCAGUUAAAAAACGUAAAACUGUUAAAAAAUCACCAGUCAAAACCAGAGUUAAAUCCCCACAACAAGUUAUCGUUGAGAUACAUCAAGAACAGCAGGAAUCAGAGGAUGAUAUUAGCCAACCAGCUGAUACCGUCGCAAAUGAAUGUCUCUGUGCUGAUUGUUGUACUUGUAUUUACUCAAAGCAAAGUGAUUUUAAAUACAAUCCUGAUGAUUAUCGUCAGCGACCUCAUGAUCAUGUUGAUUUAGUCAGUACUACAUCAGUCAGUGAUGAUUCUUCAUAUUUUUCCGACAUUCCUCCACAAACUACAUCAAUACCAACUACUAAAUCUACUACCAGACCAACUACGAGUUCUAGAAGCAAAACUCCAGGGACUCGUGAUAAUUCAAAUGUUGUUGAAAGAAUAAUUAGCGUUGAAGGUGAAUUAAAUGCUCAAGAUGCUGCUCGGGAAGUUGCAAAAGAAAUAAUUACACAGAGUAAUGAUAAUGUUAAUAAAUCCAGACGACGUGGUGCUGAUGCUUUGCUCAGGGAAAAAGUUAAACGUGAUUACAAUAAUUUAAUUAAAAAUUUAGACACUUUGUCGCGGGAAGAAAAAAAAUUAAAAGCUUCUAAAAUAAAUGACGCUGAGAUACGAAAAUCUAAUGAGUAUCGGGAACGAGAUCGUGGGAAAGCUCAAGCUGAGUUGAGAACAAAAAGAAUCGAAAAAGCAAGACAGAAACUGAUGGAUCAUGACUUGGAUGCAAUUUUACCGGAUCAACGACAGAAUCAAGUGGCUGAAAAAAUAAUAACUUUGCCGCGUAAUAAAAAAACUUCAAAGUCUCCAGUUCGAGCAUCUUGGGAACUUCCGGUUUCUGAUCCUCAAGAUCAGAUUUAUCCAAAAAAUCAAGACAAACGUAAAGAAUCAUCACGUGACGAACAAAUUUUGGAAAUGUUGGAAAAAGUUGAGAGACAAAAAAAAUUAUUGCUGUUAGAAUUUGGUGCUUCGUUGCCAAAUGAUAUUUUUGACGCCAGCAUGACUCCACUUUUUAAUAAUAUCAGUAAUAAAAGUAAAACUGUUGAAGAUUCGACAGAUCAAUUAUCAAAAACAGUACCAGCACCAGUACCAAUACCAGUACCAGAAUCAUCACCAGCACCAAUACCAGAACCAAUACCAACAAGAAAAGCUUCACCUGAAAUCCAAGUAAUAAAUUUAUCCAACGCGUCAGAUAAAAAAAUAAAAUUACGAAAAGACAAAAUAAAUAAAAAAGUUAAAGCUUUGGAUAGAAAUGAAAUAGCUGUCCAGACAUCUAGGCACGAAGAAGAAGGCAAAGACAAGAGUAUCCAAGUCGAAAUAUCACCAGAGAGACCAUCAAACCAAAAAAACAUUCCCGAUCCAGUAAAUACGUCGGAGAAACUCGAGUACGUUGAGCCGAUCGUUACAAUUAUAACUCAUCCAGACACACCGAGCAACAGCGACCUGUCACGUCGUAGCAUUGUCAUAAAUGUAGGAAAUGGUAAAAUCCAAGUGAGCUCACCAUCUAAGAGCAAAGAUCCCUCUCCUAAAAUUCGUCCAUUAUCGUCCAGUGGAGUUGAAUCUCCUACCAAAGAGUUGCCUUAUAAUUCAGCGCCAGCUUCUCGUGUCACUAGUCCGUCACUGCGUCAAGAUUCAAGUUCUCAAGACUCUCUAGAUAUUAAUGACAGCAAACGAAAUCACCGUCAACAUAAAAAUAAACAAAAAAAAUAUGAAAAAAUAAAAAACAAUAUUGUUUAUGAAAAUAAUUCACAAGCUUCUUCAUCGUACGCAAGUCUAGCGGCAAUAAAACCAAGUUCUAAUUUAUCUGUUCUCAGUAAUAUUACUUCGAUACUUGAACUAUUGGACUUGUCAACCAAUGACAGUAUUAGAAAUAAAUUUUCGGCCCUAAAUAUAUCACCGGUCUCGACUCCAGAGACUCCAUCACCUAGAAUAAUGAACGUACCAUCAAAUAUACCCUGCCCUGAACGUAUUGCUAAAAUUUUAGAGUUUAAUGAUCAAGUUGAUACUGAUGACAACACUCUGUCAUUGAUAAGCCGUAUGUCAGAGUGUCCAUGUGGUAGCGCUAAUUGUCAGCAACGUAAAAUGUCUCAAGACCCAAUAGAGCUCUCUGACUAUGAAGUUGAACAGUUGAGACGAUACCAGCAAGAGCAAGAGAAAUGCAUUCAAAAAAUUAAUAAACUGGAUGCUCUUAUUGACCAGAAUCGCAACCAAGCUGAGACUAAUUUUUCAACAAAUUUACAUAAUAUCAAGCAGAUGACAAAUGCCGUUCGGAAUAUUCAAUCAAAAAUAAGUUCAACGGUACGCGAAAAUCUGAAUUCAAAUAAAGUUGAUCCAGCUUUUGAAUCUACUACUCCAGUAACGUCACCUGUUCAACAAAAAAUAAAAGUAAAGCCUAAAAUAAUUAGCAACGAACCGGCAAAUUAUGAUCUGAGUAAAUUUAAAAAAUUUAAACAAUCAAAAGAUAGUAAAUCUGUUUCUAAUGAUGACAAUAUGGUCGCUAAAUUAUCUCAAGAAAUUUUGGAGCAGAGCAAAAAAGUUGAGGGAUUCAAAAAACCGUCACCACCCAAAGAGGGAAAUGAUUUUGUUCGAAUGCUUGCUGAUUUACCGCAAGUUCCAAUGGAGAAUGGACAUGACGUAGAAGCCCACGUCAGAUUUCCAACAAGACCAGUGCUGCCGCAUGAUUUAUCAACAAUUGAAGAACUGGAUACUCCGGAUACUGGAAACCAAAGCCAGAGGAGUGUAAGGAGUCCGGGAAAAUUGAUAAGAGUUUUAUCUCAAUCGGCUAAUACGCCGCAAAAUCGUCUGGUUAACGGUAAUGAUUUGAAUACUAAAAAUAAUUUUGGUAUUUCUGAUAAUUUAGGUCAGUCGUUCAAAGACUCUGAGAAAGAAUUAGAAAAAAAAUCGUCAAAUGAAAAUAAUAAAUUAACACCAUCAUCAUCAUCGUCGUCAUCGCUUGGUAUUCUGAGUAUUCCAACUUCAAAUAUUUUGACACCCGACGAUCAUGAUAAUAAAUCAGUGGUACCGUUUAAUAAAGUUAAAAAUUCAAAUAAAUCAUCAGAUUCAUUUUUAAUAAAUUGUAGCACAAGAAAUUCAAUUGAAAAUAUAAAAAGUGAUAAAAUAACAUCAACAACAACAACAAGUAGCUCUCAUAGUUUUUCGGGUUUUUCUGGUAUAUCAGAUAUUUUGAGUACUCCAGUAUCAGUAUCAGAUACAGACAUUGGAUCACCACCAGAGAAAAUGGAAGAUUAUUUGAUGGGUUUAGGUCUUGCCUGGCUGAUUCCGAUAGCACGAAAAACUCAACAAGCAAGUGCGUUGAGUUCCUCAUCAAAUUCCGAUAUAACGAUUGCUUUAAAACGAGUAAAAUCACCAUUUAAAAAAUCAUUAGUUAAUGGUAAUUUAGCAACUAAUUGGACUUUGCCAGGAUUCAGUGACGUUUCGUCAAUUUCCAUAAAAGAAACGACGACAAAUAAAAGUACUGAAAAAACAGUGCUGAUGAAAGCGCGUACAUCAACACCAAACAUUCCGAAUUUUUAUUCAUUAAGUGAAAAAUCAAGUUCAACAACGAAAACAACAACCACUAGCACAAGUUCUACUGGUGGUUUUAGUUUACCUGAGCACAGCGACAGUGUCAUUGCAACCAAUUUAUCAGUCUACCUCAAGACUUGACUUAAUAAUCAAUUAUUAUUUUUUAUAUCAAUUUAUAUAGACAUCAAAUUAAUAAAAUUAUCUAUUAUAUAAAAAUAUUUUUUUUUUUUUUUUUUUUUUAUAAUCACCAGUCAAUUGUCACUUUAUCAUGGGAAAAUAUUGUCACAAUUAAAAGUUAAUAAAAAUUUUUUAUUAUCGUGCUGCAGCUUUUACUAAUAUUACAACUUAAAUUACAAAGGAAACUGAAUGCGUGUGUAAGAUUCAUUUAUAAAAUUGCUAAGUUUGAACAUGUCAGUGCGUAUUAUAAAAGAUUAGGUUGGUUAAUUUACAAAGAAAUUCAUUUGAACUUUAAUCAAUUAUUUGAAUCAAAAUUAUAGUUUCUGUUUGUUUUGUUACGUAGGGGCAAUAUUAGACAAGAUUACUUAAGAAUUCCAUAAUGUUGAUCAACAAUAUAUG